CAGAGCGGCGGAGCGAUGUCGAACGAUAGCCGGGAAGGGGCCCUUAAACGGGCCCGGCCCACCAGCCCGGCCGAUGGCUUCCAGACGCCUCAAAAGCGCGGCGUUACCGCUGCAGGCUCGGCGGAUUCUGCUAAGCUCCAUCUUCGGUUCUGGGAGACGGAGCAGCUGUGCGUCUUCCUUCAGGAACGGGGCUUCGAAGCUGCGGAGCUGCAGUGCUUUCGAGAACAUAAAAUAACCGGUUCAACUGUGCCAUAUCUCACUGAAUCUCAUCUUGAAAAAAUGGGAAUUCGAGCUGUAGGAGUGAAAGAGAAGCUGCUAAUUUGUGUGCGCCAACUGGCUCAAAGUCAAACUGAUAUAACAAAAGUAUUUAAUGAUCCAAUCCAUGGUCAUAUUGAAAUGCAUCCUCUUCUUGUUUGCAUUAUUGACACACCUCAAUUUCAGCGUCUACGAUAUAUUAAACAGUUGGGUGGCACUUAUUAUGUUUUCCCAGGAGCAUCACACAAUCGCUUUGAACAUUCUCUUGGUGUUAGUCAUCUCGCAGGCCGUUUGGUGCAGGCGUUGCAAGAACGACAACCAGAACUGAAUAUUGAUCAAAGGGAUGUUCUCUGUGUUCAGAUUGCUGGACUUUGUCAUGAUUUGGGUCAUGGACCAUUUUCACAUAUGUUUGAUGGAAGAUUCAUUCCACUUGCUCGCCCGGGAUUAAAAUGGAAGCAUGAGCAGGCUUCUGUUCAGAUGCUUGAACACUUAAUCACUUCCAAUAAGCUAAGGUCAAAAAUGGAAUAUUAUGGUCUCAAGUUGGAUGAAGACAUGGAUUUUAUCAAAGAACAGAUAGCAAGUCCUGUUGAGAAUAAAAGGGGGGUUGAAAAGUGGCCCUAUCAUGGUCGUUCCCAAAAAAAGAGUUUUCUUUACGAAAUAGUGGCUAACAAAACAAGUGGCAUUGACGUUGAUAAAUGGGACUACUUUGCCAGAGAUUGUCAUCAUCUUGGAAUUCAAAACAAUUUUGAUUAUGAGCGCUUCAUUAAAUUUGCUCGGGUGUGCCAAGUGAAAGAUAUGAUGCAUAUUUGUACCCGUGACAAGGAGGUUGGAAAUUUGUAUGAUAUGUUCCACACACGAAAUUGUCUGCACCGCAGAGCAUAUCAGCAUAAAGUUGGCAACAUUAUUGAAACCAUGAUUACUGAUGCCUUUUUAAAGGCUGAUCCACAUAUCAAAAUAAAGGGCUCAGAUGGAAAAGUAUUCCAGAUCUCUACAGCACUGGAAGACAUGGAAGCCUAUACAAAGCUGACAGAUGAAAUCUUUUUAAGGAUUCUACAUUCUGAUGAACCAGAGCUGAGUGAUGCACGGGAAAUUCUGUGUAAAAUACAGCAGCGUGAUCUCUUUAAGUGCUUGGGGGAAACGCAGCCACCAGAGGGAAAGGAAAUUAAAAAGGAAGACUAUGAUAGAUUGUGUGCUGAAAUUGUUGAAUGCAAACCUAUUACAAUUUCUCAAGAUGUGGAACUGAAGGCUGAAGAUUUUUUUGUUGAUGUUAUUGAUAUGGAUUAUGGAAUGAAAGAAAGGAACCCCGUCAAUAAUGUUCAUUUCUACUGCAAGCAUGACAUCACUCAGGCAGUCAAAAUUGCAAGAGAACAAGUUUCAAAGCUGCUCCCAGAAAAAUUUGCAGAGCAGAUCAUCAGAGUUUAUUGUAAAAAAAAGGAUACAAAGAUAAUUGAAGCUGCUACAAAAUAUUUUGUUCAGUGGUGUAUGAAUAAGGAUUUCACUAAACCACGGGAUGGUGAUGUGGUUGCUCCAGAACUUACUCCAAUGAAAAAAGGCUGGAACAAGGAUGAUGAAAAUCAGGUUUCAAACAUAAACAGUCCUGCUUUAAAUUGUAAAACAAAACUUUUUUAAAGAUUGAGUUAGUAUAUUCCUUCAAUCUUGUGUGUUUGCAUGUAUCUUUGUGUGUGGAUGUAUUCUAGCCAAACUUUCUCCAAAAGAUAUUCUGUAAAAUUACAGAGUAAGCCUGCACAAUCCCUUUGAAAAACUGCAGUGGAAAAUACCUGUAGACUUUUUCACAAAAUUGUAUAUUAUUGUGGUUUUGAGAAAGCUGUGCAAAUAAUUUAUCAACACUAUUUUAGUGUUAAUUUAAGAUAAACAUCACUGUUCUAUAUAGCAAACUUACAAAAAUACCUCAGGGUUUAAAAGUCAAGAAACUAAGAUUUAUAAAUCAUUUUUCUAAA